CUGUACUCCUCAUGUUUGCUCCAGCCACUCGAAAUCGCUUGGGUAACGUCAGUGGAGAUUCGAAUUUGACCCCAUCCUCCGCACGGCCAAGCGAGGGCCCGGGAUUGUGGUGCUACAUAUAAACGACCGCUGGGCAGCACCUUAGGAUCACCACGUCUCUGCAAGAUACCCUAUUAGAGAGACGAUAGAACAGCAUGCUACCUGUACCAUAUCUUUGCAUCGUCUUGCUGUCUUGUUUAUACCUGAUACCCGACACUAUCGCUGCCUCGAAUAGCACCAAGGCUGGCUUAGCAUGGGCGAAUGGAAAUUUGGACGAUAUCGAGCAGUACACGACUACUGACAAGGUGACAUGGUAUUAUACGUGGAGCCCCAGCUCAGUCAGCACGAGCCUAGAGUUUGUCCCUAUGCUCUGGGGCGACCGUCAAGUAUCCCAGUGGGAGAAUUCAAUCAACCGAACCAUUCAUAACCUCGGCGUCACGCACGUACUCGGGUUCAACGAGCCGGACUAUCCAACACAGUCCAACAUGACGCCUAGCCAUGCUGCGUCGGUGUGGAGAGCACAGAUAGAGCCGCUGCGAUCUCAAGGAGUGCUGCUCGGCUCCCCCACACCGACGUCUGCGCCAGAGGGCAAGCAGUGGCUCCUGGACUGGUUGGGCGCGUGUAAUGGCGGGUGUACGGUUGACUUCGUGGCACUGCAUUGGUAUGAUAUCAACUCGACGGCGUUCAUCGAGUACCUUGAAGACUUCCACGACACGUUCCAGAAACCAUUGUGGAUUACAGAGUGGGCGUGUCAGAACUUCAACUUGGCGGACGAACAAUGUUCGCUGCAGAACAUCGUGGACUUCAUGAACGCCACGCAGUCGUUCAUGGAUUCGACUGAAUGGGUCGAGCGAUAUGCGUGGUUCGGCGCCAUGGAGAACCUGCAGGGGGUUAAUCAGGACGACGGGCUCAUGGAUUCGUCUGGCAGGAUCAACGCGCUAGGUGAACAGUACAUUGGUGCGCUUGCGCCAAACAUCAGCAGCAACUACAUGCCGGGAGUUGUCGACGGAGGGAGUGGUAGUACGACGAGCCCGUCGUUAGGAUCUGCUGCUCUCCCAUGCGGACGUCUCGCCAGGACUUCUGUGCAUUUUUUGUCAUCAGUAGUGGCGAUGCUGUUGCUUACCUGAUGCUAUACGAGCGAAGCAAGAUGCUUAGUGGUUGUUGCUGCCUAGAACGUUGUUCAUACGCGGUUCCUAGAGGCUUACACACCUGUUAUCCGACCAACCGUCACGCAGCGGAUCCGGAGUCGAAUCUACGGCGCACUGCGAGGAACGAUUGAUCGGCUUGUCACUACAUAGCUUGGCCUCGACGUCGCUGUCUGUGCUAGCGGAUGAGCUUACUCAGGGAUUGCAUCAUCGACCGCGUCUCGUUCUGCCACUCGCUAUGAGCUUCGCUCCCAGCUGACCAGCCCGCAACGGCUCACCAGUUCCCACCCAGGAGACAUCUGCCUGCCUAUAUAUACGGGUCAUACUAGCACGCCAUUGAACUGCACCGUCGCACUUUGCGUUUUCACCCCCACUCUUCUGCUCAGAACCCCCUCAGGAAUCGUCCCCGAAGCCU